AUGUCAUUGAAGCAGGAAAUAGAAACGUGGGUGUCGGCCUUGGGCCGGUACGACAACAAUGAAUUCGAUGAAGCCCUCAAGGAUUUUGAGAGGAUCUCCGACACAUCAAAAAUUCUCUUCAACAUGGGUGUUAUUCACGCCACUUUGGGAGAGCACGAGAAAGCUGUCGAAUGUUACCAACGAGCAAUCAAGCUCGACCAGUACCUCGCUGUCGCCUACUUCCAGCAGGGCGUCUCAAACUUCCUGCUCGGCGAUUUCGAAGAGGCAUUGGCCAACUUCAAUGACACUCUUCUCUACCUGCGAGGAAACACCAUGAUCGACUACGCCCAAUUGGGUCUGCUCUUCAAGCUCUACUCUUGCGAGGUGCUCUUCAACAGAGGUCUCUGCUACAUCUACCUGCAACAGAAAGAUGCUGGUAUGCAGGAUCUGUCGUACGCUGUCAAGGAGAAGGUGGUAGAGGACCACAACGUUAUCGAUGAGGCGAUUCGUGAGGAGGCAGAGGGAUACACUGUUUUCUCGAUUCCCGUCGGUGUUGUGUAUCGACCGAACGAAGCAAAGGUUCGCAACCUCAAGACGAAGGACUACCUUGGAAAGGCUAGGCUAGUCGCCGCCUCCGAUCGCGCGAACGCCUUCACAGGCUUUGCCGGGUCCGAGAUCAAGAAUGUAGGCAGAUUGGUUCCCAAUCCAAUCAGCUUUUAUGGGAAUCCAUUUGCUAACCACAGACUUCUUGGUUUACAGGCCGGCAAGAACGACGUCAAGGACGACAGACCAGCUGACAAUAUUUCCUUCGCUGCAACCAACCUAGUCAAACCUGGCCUGGCCUCUAGAAGACAACAGUCCGAGCCGCCCAACGGCCGCGGUGUCUUCCCUCCUACCCCUCCCCCGGACCAGGUCGAGGCCAAUAAUGGCGGUACCAUGUCCCGUGGACAAUCCGUCCGUAAUGGACCCAAACCGAUGCUUGCGAAGUUGAACAUCGAGAACUCCAGACCCAACGAACGGUACCAAAAGACGAGCAGCCCCAACGACCGCAGAGGACCUCCGCCCAUGAUGAGAUCCGAGUCACGGUCGGCAACUCCUAGCAGAGGAUACUCGAGACGCGACUUGCAGAUGCGCGGCCGGCCUGCUGAUGAAGAUGCCGAGGACGCCUACCCUGAUGAGCUUUACGACAUGUACCAGAGCGGCGGUGGUGGCAACAGUACAAGAACCAGCCGCCAAGCCUCCCGCCGCCAGCCCCAGCGGUAUAUGGACGAGGAAGACGAUGGCUCUGAUUACGGCUCCUUCGAUGAGGGUGACUUUGAGAUGGUUUCCAACAACAACAGACGCCCAGGCACGAACUCAAUGUCCUCCCGUGGUGGUUCAAGGAGACCCGAAGUCCGCAAGAUCCGUGUCAAGGUGCACGCUGAGGAUGUUCGAUACAUCAUGGUUGGCGCAGCAGUCGAGUUCCCCGACUUUGUUGACCGCAUUCGUGAGAAGUUUGGUCUUCGACGAAGAUUCAAGAUCAAGAUCCGCGACGAGGAUGUGCCAAAUGGCGAUAUGAUCACCAUGGGUGACCAAGAUGAUUUGGACAUGGCGAUCAUGAGCGUCAAGAGCCAAGCAAGGAAAACGAGGCAGGAUAUCGGCAAGAUGGAGAUCUGGGUCCAAGAAAUUAUGUAGACGAUUAUACCCCAACCAAGCCUAUGACGACGUAAUGACCAACAAUCUGCUCGCCCUGAGCUCUGCAACCUUUCCUUCAUCUAGUAAACACUUUUUAUACUAUUUUUUGCUGCAUUUACGGAUGGAUUGGUUGUAGACAGGGCGUCUAAAACGGCGGAGAGUAAAAGAGGAGGAUAGUUCGAGAGACAGAGCCAAGCAGAGCUGGCUCAAUGGCAACACCACGGCCGCGAACGAUAUGAUCAUAGCGUUGCAUUGUUUAGAAAACGGAACAGUUCGGAGGCGAUUGGUGUGGCGACAACACUUUUGUAUUCCCCUACGGU